AUGAGGCCUAAAAAAAAGGCUAGACCUGAUGAGCCAGUCAGAGUUGGGGCCCCUGUUGUACUUAUUAGGGUGGCGCUUUGUGGGCACUGUAGUAGAUGCCGUCUGGGUGAGUGUUGGAGGACUACUGGGGUGUGUUUGAGAUGUGGAUCUGCUAAGCACCGCAUUCGUGAUUGUCCACUGAGAACCAAUCAGAUGCAAGCUCUGGAUAUAGGCUCUACCUAUUCAUAUGUAGCUAGUACUGUGUCUGAAACCUUGGGGAUUCCAGUCGAGGGUACUGAUAUUGAAGUAACUAUGUUAAGUCCUUUGGGGCAAUCUAUCCGGCUGGUUAAACACUGGGUGAGUCAAGAUUGUGCGACAAAAAGGGUUGUCUUGAGGACCGAGGAGGAUAGUGAGGUAGUAGUCAUUAGGGAGCAACGAGACUACCUGACUAAUGUGAUCUCCGCAUUGGUAGAGAAACAAUUGGUUCAGAAAGGAACAGUGAGGGAUUUUCUAGAUGCAUUUCCUGAGGAGCUACCAGGGUUACCUCCAAGCCGUGAGGUGGAGUUUGGGAUUGAGUUGAUUCCUGGCACAGCUCCGAUAGGGGAUCAGCACGAUGAGCAUCUCAGAGUGGUUCUGCAGAUUCUUCGUGAGAAACAGUUGUAUGCGGAGUUCAGCAAGUGUGAGUUUAGGCUUCGGGAAGUGACAUUUCUGGGACAUAUAGUUUCUACUGAAGGGAUACGAGUCGAUCCUCGUAAGAUUGAGGCUGUGUUGAGUUAG